UACAUCAUGACUUCAAGGCUCGGCAUGCUUUGGGGACCGUGGAUGAAGGGCUGGCCAACUUGAGGCAAGACGUUCAACGUGUCUUACUGGAGCUGAGGCCCCGCGCAACGCUACCAGAAUGAAAGAAAGUACAUAGCACAAAUACCAAGGUCUAAUGUGGGGCUGUACUGCGAGGCGCUUGCAAAGCUUUGUGUUCUAUGUCCCAUCUAAUUCGGACACUUUCAGUGAAAAUAACGAUGGCAUUGACCUGGCCCAUCACAGAGUUUCCACGCGUGCAAGUCAUAGGAUCGCUCACGAGGCAAGCGAAAAUGGCGGCGGGUUUUUGGGCAAGAGAUAUCCGUGCUCAACACCCGAGUGACCAUCAUUGUACCAGUCAGAGACCGCAAGUCACCCGUAAUCCAUUUACUGCAUGCGGCACAAUAGAAACAAGUUCUACACCAGUCCCGCGUCCAGUAUCUCUCGGAGUCAAAGUCCCUGUGAGGGCAGGUAGGAAUCCGCUUGCACCAGAUCGCAAAUGGCGGUACCUUGCGAAAUCUAUAGUGGUAGUAUGUCCUGACCACGAGACUGUCUGCGCCCUCGGACGAAAUUGUCAUCUCCAGGCUGCACUCGAUUUGGGCUUGUGGGGGUGUAGAGCACGUGUGCGUCAGGAUACGGUUGCCUCGAUCGUCGUGCGCAACCUGGUAUCGCCCAUCGGACUCAUCCCCGAGUAUGGGGUAUCGCCGAUCUUGUUCCGCAUGCUGCCUCCUGAAGUGAUCUUACCAGACGUAACAUCCCGCAAGGCGUGAGGCUAGUGCAGGCGCAAAGAUCGAGAAUCCCGGCGAAUGACGCACACCUUCGCUCAAUGGAUGGCGUCUGAUCCCGAAGCCGCCGCGGGAAUUCUUUUUGAGGGUGUAGUUUGAGGCAGGCUGCGCAAUAUCUCCAGCAACGAUUCUCAAGCAGAAGGAGGAACUGGUUCCGGACCACAUGUUUCUGGUUCAGGGAGAUCAAGGGAUUGAGAUUCUUCAGCAGUCGCGGAAAGCAGAGCGCCUCAUCCUUCAGCACGUACGUGAAACAGUUGUAGAGAGGCUUGCAGGUUAGCGCAAAGCAAGGCUGCGAGGCAAGCG